GAUGGAGGUUGCAGUGAGCCGAGAUCGCGCCAUAGCACUCCAGCCUGGGCGACACAGUAAAACCCCGUCUAAAAAAAAAAAAGAAAAAUCAAAAGUCAGAAAACGAUCAGAAAUUAGGUAACGGCACAUGCAGUUACUUAACCUUCCCCCUUCUGUCUGAUUUUUCCCUGCCUGAGACAUGGCGCUGAGCCUUCCUGCGUCUGAGGUUCCCAGUAUGCAUUGCGCUGCUCUUGGCGGGAAAGGUGACCUCGACCAGGGGUCGAAAAGCCACUGUCGCGCCCUACGGGUGACCGUUGAAGGAAAGCGCAUGCGCAUUGGGCAGAGCGCGUGCGGCUUCGUGCAGCUCUUCUGCUCUCCGGCGUCCGUUCCUCAGACGUAAUGUUGAAUUAAAGAAAAUACUUUAUCAGAAGAAGAUGGCCACUGCCCAGUUGCAAAGGACUUCCAUGAGUGCACUGGUAUUUCCCAAUAAGAUAUCAACUGAACAUCAGUCUUUGGUGUUAGUGAAGAGGCUCCUAGCAGUUUCAGUAUCCUGUAUCACAUAUUUGAGAGGAAUAUUUCCAGAAUGUGCUUAUGGAACAAGAUAUCUAGAUGAUCUUUGUGUCAAAAUACUGAGAGAAGAUAAAAAUUGCCCAGGAUCUACACAGUUAGUGAAAUGGAUGCUAGGAUGUUAUGAUGCUUUACAGAAAAAAUAUCUAAGGAUGGUUGUUCUAGCUGUAUACACAAACCCAGAAGAUCCUCAGGUAAGUAAUAUCUGCAAUCACAUGUGUUUAUACAAUAAUAAUAAUAUUUUCUUUAAUUUCACGAACAGCCCAGUUUACACUUACUUUUUUGCAGUUACACCCCCAGAUUAUCAGCCUCCUGGUUUUAAGGAUGGUGAUUGUGAAGGAGUUAUAUUUGAAGGGGAGCCUAUGUAUUUAAAUGUGGGAGAAGUCUCAACACCUUUUCACACCUUCAAAGUAAAAGUGACCACCGAGAGAGAAAGAAUGGAAAAUGUUGAUUCAAGUAUACUGUCACCAAAACAAAUAAAAACACCAUUUCCAAAAAUCCUGAGAGACAAAGAUGUAGAAGAUGAGCAGGAGCAUUAUGCAAAUGAUGAUUUAGACACUGAAACUAAAAUGGAAGACCAGGAAAAAGUCCCUGGAUCAUCUGAACUUGGAGAACCAAGUUUAGUUUGUGAGGAAGAUGAAAUUAUGAGGUCUAAAGAAAGUUCAGAUAUUUCCAUUUCUCAUUCUCAGGUUGAGCAGUUAGUCAAUAAAACAUCUGAACUUGAUAUGUCUGAAGGCAGAACAAGAAGUGGAAAAGUCUUUCAGAAUAAAAUGGCAAAUGGAAAUCCACCAGUAAAAUCUUCCAAAGAAAAUCGGAAGAGAAGUCAACAUGAAUCUGGGAGAAUAGUCCUCCAUCACUUUGAUUCUAGUCAAGAGUCAGUACCAAAAAGGAGGAAGUUUAGUGAACCAAAGGAGCAUAUGUAAAAAUUGGUUUUCUUCUGCAUGUUCGCAAAGUUCUUCUCAACAUUUAAACCGAAGGAUACUGUAUUAUAUUUCCCUAACUCUGAAAAUGUAUAUGUAGUUUAAAGCAGUUUGUACACUAAAAUUAAAUUCUUGACUAUCAUAUUGUGGUCCUUAAUCUUGAGAUAAAUCCAACAGAACUUUUGAAUAAAAGCAAAAGUACAAAUGUCAUAAUUGAUUCUGUAAUAAGUAAAAUUUAAAAAUUGAUUUUGUUCAUUAUCUACUUAAUAUUUUCUUUAAAUAUAUACUGACUGUUAAGGCCCUCUAAUCAUUUUUCUAAACAAAUAAUGUUUACUUUGGUAUUAAAAUUUGGUAUGGAUUCACUUUUUACUUGUGUUAAAAUUAUACCAUUUAACGGACUCUUUUGUCAUUGUGUUAUUAAACUAUGUUCUUCAAUAUUUUGAUAUAAUGUAUUAACAUUAUAAUAUAUAAUGUACAAUUUAAAA